AUGACAUCCGACCUGGACCAGCUCAUUGAAAUGGGCUUCGACAAGGAACGUGCACAGCUAGCAGUCGCCAAGACCGGGGGCCGCGCUCUCGAAUGGCUCGAGACAAACCAGGACAAGUCGCUAGAGGAGAUCAAGGCCGAACAACCGGAUGACGAGGAGGGUCCCGCCUUGCAACCAGGCGAAGAGGCACGCAGCCUGGUGUGCAACGACUGCGGCAAGAAGUUCCGCAGCCAAGCACAGGCCGAGUUCCAUGCAUCCAAGUCGCAGCAUGUCGAUUUCUCCGAGUCGACCGAGGAUAUCGCCCCCUUGACCGAGGAGCAGAAGAAAGAGAGACUGGAGGAGUUGCGGCAGAAGCUGGCGGCGAAACGCGCCGUACAGUCAGAGCAGGAUAAGGUCGAUAAGAAGAGGAAUGAGAUUCGAAGAAAGAGCACCAAGGAGAGCCAGGCCGCUAAGGAAGAGCUGCAACGGAAACAGCAGUUGAAGGAGGCUGCGGCAAAGAAGCGGGAGAAGCUCGAAGAAAUUGAGGCGAAGAAGAGGAUCAAAGCCAAGAUCGAGGCGGACAAGGAGGAGCGCCGGCUGAAGGCUGAGCGCGAACGAGCUGAACGGGCUGGCGUGGCUCCUCCACCUCCUCCCGCGGCAGCUCCAGCGCCGACCACAUCGGGCCCCGUUGCGUCCAAGCCUGCUUCCGCCUACACCGAGACUCGCAUGCGUUUCCAGACCUCGAAAGGAAAUGUGAUGAAAACAUUCCCGGUCACCACCACACUCUUUGAGGUUGCUGCAGCUCUGAAACAGGAUGAAGGACUCGAUGUGCAGAGCUUCACUCAGAACUUCCCCAAGAAGGUGUUUGAUGCAGAGUACUUUGGAGAGAGUCUGAAGGAGCUCGGGCUCGUGCCUAGUGCGAGCCUUGUCAUUCAAUGA